CUCCGACAGACCCUCCGCCUCUCCGUCCUGUCAUGAAACAGACUCUUAGCGAACUGAUGAGGAUGAGCAGGAUAUGCCGGAUGGUAUUUGCCACUUGUUUGGGAUCCUUUAUUCUGGUCAUCUUUUAUUUCCAAAGUAUGUUCCAACCAGUCAUGCGGAGGAACCCUUUCGUGUUGGACGGUUGCUGUAGGAAAGGGUCCCGCAAUGCCCUGCAGGAACUCUACAAUCCCACACAGCUGGAGUUUUCCGGAGCAGCUGUGCUCCACCAGGCCAGGAGGGAUCAGGUAGUGGAUGCCUGUCGAGUCUACAGUGCAUCCAGCCGUAAGCGCAGAGUCCUGACACCUGGAGACCUCAAACACCUCGUGGUGGAUGAGGACCAUGAGGUCAUCUACUGCUAUGUGCCCAAGGUGGCCUGUACCAACUGGAAGCGUGUCAUGAUGGUGCUCACAGGUCGUGGCAAAUAUAGUGACCCAAUGGAAAUCCCCUCCAAUGAAGCCCACAUUCCCUCCAACCUAAAAACGCUGAACCAGUACAGUAUUGCUGAGAUCAACCACCGCCUCAAGAACUACCUCAAGUUUCUCUUUGUGCGUGAGCCCUUUGAGAGGCUGGUCUCUGCAUACCGAAACAAGUUCACCCUCAAGUACAACUCAUCCUUCCACAAACGCUUUGGCAUUCGCAUUAUCCGGCGCUACCGCAAGAACGCUACGCAGGAUGCCCUGCUCAGCGGUGCUGAUGUCAAAUUCAAAGAAUUUGCAGAGUACCUGGUGGAUCCAGCCACGCAGCGUGACGGUCCACUCAAUGAACACUGGCAGACUGUUUCCCAGCUUUGUCACCCAUGUCACAUCCACUAUGACCUGGUGGGCAAGUAUGAGACGCUUGAAGAGGAUGCAAACUACGUGUUGCGGCUGGUGGGUGUUGCCGACUCCUUGCGCUUCCCAAGCUACGCAAAGUCCACUCGGACCACAGAUGCUAUGACAGCCCAAUUCUUUAGCAAUAUCAGCACUCAGCAACAGAUCCAACUUUACCAGCUUUACAAGUUGGACUUCCUUAUGUUCAACUACUCCACACCCAGCUAUCUCCGGCUGGACUAAAGGACAAAGCUGUAACUCUGAGAAUGGCUGCCUUGUUUAAGGAGAAGCAACAAAAUGAGCGGAGGGAUUUUUUGGAGGCAAACCUGAUUUUAAUAACUGUGGUCAUAACUUGUGGGUGUGGGGUUUGAAUUAGACUUACAAACAGGUGCUGAAUGAAAGAAAGGUGAUGUGUGCUUGUCUGGGCACAAGGGGGAGGAUGUCCACUCUCUGUGUGAUACAGGAAGCAGCUAUUGGAUGGGCUUAAUGGACAAAAUGCAUGCAAAGACUAAACUGUGAGGAUGAAGCAGGUCUUCAAGGUGUUUUUAAAAGGGGAACAGUGGACAGACUUAAAGAGGGAUACUCCUGAUUAUGUUCCCUACAUGUUUAAACAAACUGCUGACAAUUAGGCUGCAUAGAUUCAACAAAGCAAACAGUGGCCUCGCACGUGCCCUGACCCCAAUGCAUCUUUGGGGCUAAGCUUAUCUCCCCCUCCCUCUGAUCAAUGGUGAAACUCCGUCAAAUUGUAAAACACAAUUCAUGUCCUUCACUGCGCUGUCAGUGCACUGCUAGCCCCCUAUGACCCUUGCCCUCAUUAAAUACAUUUACUUCAGAGCCAAACUAGCUCACCAAAGCAUCGAGGCCCUGUAAUACAUGGCUACAGAGUUCACUCUCAAGAUGUCUACAACUGCAACCAUAGCCUUCAGUCAACAGUUUGAACAAAACAAGUUGUUGCUGAUCUCUAUCAUAAUGAUGUUGGCAGGAGGGACCUCUUGUGUUAACCCUUUAGAGAAAACUGAGACUCCUUCUGCAUCAGUAAAGUUUGGAAGUGCUUAAUAAAUCAUUGCCUGAAACACCAAGCAUCCUUAACACUUUCAGCUAGAGGACGGGAUAAGAAAGGUACAGAAGAUGUCCUCACAUGAUUGGGUGCAUCAGCUGUGAGUGACAAGUCUAUGCAGAACAUUGGAGCUGAAAGAAAAGAGACAGCCUGUGUGGUUGUGAAAGGGUUAAAGUCACUGGAUCUCAUAACCCUGCCGUGCCAUGCCCUGCCAUGACCUGCCCAGAAGCUCAGUGGAUGCACCCAGGGACUCGCCCUUAAAGCCCCUGC